CCCCCACCCAUCACCCACCACCCCCCUCCCAGCAGGGGGGGAAAAAAAGGAAAAAAAAUGUCGCUGUCAAGAGGAGGUAAGAAAAAGAGCCGGGGAUUGAAGUUGUCGAAGGAAGUUUUCGAGCAGCCACAGGCAAGCCCCACUCCACCAAGAGAUCUGGAUUCAAAGGCUUGCAUUGCUAUCGGUGAAAAGAAUUUUGAAGUGAAAGCUGAUGACCUGGAGCCAUUAUCGGAGCUGGGACGCGGUGCGUAUGGGGUGGUGGAGAAGAUGCGUCACACACCCAGUGGUACGCUAAUGGCUGUAAAGAGGAUCCGUGCCACAGUGAAUAGUCAAGAGCAGAAGCGAUUGCUGAUGGACCUUGAUAUUUCCAUGCGUACAGUAGACUGUCCCUUCACUGUUACCUUUUAUGGAGCACUUUUUCGUGAGGGAGAUGUGUGGAUUUGCAUGGAGCUAAUGGACACUUCUCUGGACAAGUUCUAUAAACAAGUGAUAGACAAAAGAAUGACUAUCCCCGAAGACAUUUUAGGAAAAAUAGCGGUUUCUAUUGUGAAGGCAUUAGAGCAUCUACACAGCAAGCUGUCUGUGAUACACAGAGAUGUGAAGCCAUCCAAUGUUCUGAUUAAUGUACAAGGCCAGGUUAAGAUGUGCGACUUUGGCAUUAGUGGCUACCUAGUGGAUUCAGUAGCUAAAACCAUGGAUGCGGGCUGCAAGCCAUACAUGGCCCCUGAAGAAAAAUUCCAAAGACAGACCAACUUACUCAGAACUUAUGCAACAUCCCUUCUUCACGCUGCACGAAUCCAAAGAAACAGACGUGGCAUCUUUUGUGAAGCUUAUUUUGGGAGAUUGAAAGGUUCCUGUAAAGCGCAACUGGCCCACCUACAUGUUCUGCUUUAGGAUGAAAUCACAGGAUAUUUUCUGUCAUUGUUGAUCUCGAAAAUAUAUCAAGAGUUUCAAAAGUAACUCUGACCGCUGGCAAGAACGGGACAGGGCAGGGAAAUCAUUAGCAAACUCGUGCAGUUGAAAGAAAAAAUCCAACACUUGCUGCUCUAAAUGUCUGAGUGGUACAGUGUGGAGUCCUUUGAAAAACCUUUGUCAAAUAUUUUUUGACUGACAUGCAAAAACAAAUAAUUGGUAGUAGGCUCACUUUUUAAUGAUUUGAUUUUUUUAAAAUUUAAGUGAAUAGUGGAUAUUGU